AUGGUGAGCAAUGGUGCUCUUGUUGUCAUGAAGGGGUAUAAAAAAUCUAUACAGUUGUAUAUUUUGUAUGGUUCCACAGUGAUUGGGGAUGCAGCAGUUUCUACUUCUUCUUUGACGGACGAUGAAGUUACAAAACUUUGGUAUAUGAGGCUCGGGCAUAUGAGUGAGAAUGGAAUGGUGGAGCUGAGUAAAAUAGGACUUCUUGAUGGGCAGAAGACCAGCAAAAUUGAAUUUUGUGAGUAUUGUGUAUUUGGGAAACAGAAGAGAGUCAGAUUCACUAAAGGAAGACACAACACGAAGGGAACACUUGAAUAUAUCCAUUCAAAUCUUUGGGGACCAGCCAUGAUACCAUAUAAAGGUCGAUAUUAUUACUUGUUAACAGCUGAAGGCAUCUUGAGACACUUGACAAUGCCUGGAACGCCUCAACAAAAUGGUGUGGCAGAACGGAUGAACAGGACCUUGAUGGAAAAGGGUCUUUGUAUGCUUUCAAAUUCUGGGUUGCCCAAGUCUUUUUGGGCUGAAGCUGCUACUACACCUUGUUUUUUGGUUAAUCAUUCUCCGUUAGUUGUCAUUGAUAAAAAGACACCAGAAGAUGUAUAG